AUGUCGUACACUUCGAAUUUGCAUCGACGGAGGCAGAUUAAGGUUUCCCUCUUGCCUCUCACGAUCCCUGGUUGCCUCUCUUCCAAGUUUGCACUUUCUGAUUUUUGUGCACCGAUCUUUCUGGUUGAAGGAAGAGAAGUGCCGCCCGCCUUCAUCCGUCCGUACUUCAGCACCUUCGCUUCCCUCCCUCCGCGGCCACAUACGUACGACGCUGCAUGGUUGUUGUUGCCGCCUGCAUUCCAUCGUCUUGGCCGAACCGUCCCAUCAACCAGCCGUCGGAUACGUUCUAGAAUUAGAGCUACCGCCUUUACAAGUUACAACAGCUUUGGUGCUCAAGACCGCCCAUCCCUCAUCACUCUCUUCUGGCAUAUGUUCUACGGCACGGCUGCGCAUCUAUCGUUCCCUGUCCUAGCCGACGGCGGCGCACAUCCCCUAGCGAAGCGUCAUGCUGCUCUCUCUUGCCAUGGAUAUGGGAACUUCAUUAUUGCGCCUUGCUCCCAGCGGUUGCAAAAACCUAUUGAACACCAAGUAUCUUCACAGAGCUCAUAUCCUCAGAUUGAGCUGCGCACUCAAUCCUGCACGUCAGGCUCCGCUGUGAUGGUAUGCCCUCCGGUCCCCUGCCCGCAGCAGCAAAGACCCCCAGUGGAUUCCUCUGAGGGGAGGGACAUGGACCGAAGGCCCCAUCUGGUGGACCCCGGCUUAGUUAACGGGGCCUUCAAGGGCCUUGCCUACACCUAUCCUUGCAACAAUGGAUUUUGGUAUCAAAAGACGGCACAAGAAAACGAUGCCGAGGCUCUAACCGGCCGAACCAGAUCACGUCGGAAGCAAUGCGUCCUCCAAGAAUUCAGUACUUUCUUGAACCGGUCCAGGAAAGGCCUUCUCAUCGUGACGCCCUCGGCGCCAGAAAGCGUUCCUCGGGCCUCGACUUCACGCUCGAGUCUGCGCCAAUCUGAUCGAGUGGCUGGGUCCAAGUUCUCCGACUGCUGGUAUGCGGAUACACUGCAUGUGCACCUCCAUUUUACCGGUCCUAUAGCGAGGCGCUGCGCAUGGCUGGUCCUGACCCCAGCCCUUUCGGCACGCUGUAUUGCCUCAACGACGAAGCAUCUGCAAAAAGAGAGCUGGCAUAUCACAGUUGGUGGCAAUGCCGCCUGUUCUGAUAUGGCGUGUCGUUUGAAGCUGAUCGACUCAAACUCAAUGCCAAUCGUACACAUUUUCCGGCAUGGACGCGAAAGUGGUUCUCUUGAUGGCAAGGACCACAAACUCGGAGACACAUUCGAGAGCUGCAAUGAUCACCCAGCUACUGUUCCUGUCGAUAGCACUAGCAUGUACGGCGCCCGCAUCUCUGAGGCGCGCCAGAUGUUUGAAGGCACACUCACUACUCUACUGAACCCCAAACGAAUCUACUCCUCUGCCGGCUUAGUAUUGAAAGAGUCAAGAGUCUCGCAUAUCCGCAACCGCAGGCUGCUUGGGUAUCACAUUCAACGGUGGCCAGCAGAUACCCACUGCGAAACAAAAAUUGGAGACAAUUUUCCAAUUCGGAGAAACCCUGCAUGCUCACGCAAUCGGAACGCAUGGCAUUACCCAGGGACCAUGCAAAUGAGUGUCGAGUGGAGCUCUUCGUCAUGUCUGCCUGAAGAGAACCCAUGCGCGAGGCCUUACCUGGGUCCGUCCCUUUCUCGGUAUGCGAAAGAAGAAGAGAGAGAAGAGAACCGCCCGUCACGUCAUCUCAUGGGAAGGUGUUGGUACAAUGAUGUCGCCGAAGACGAUCGUGAGCAGCUUCGGGACGAAAGUCUGGUCUGUUCUCUGAUAUCACCAGACAGAAACUCUUCUCUUCUGAGCCGCAUGGAAUCGAGUCAUUGCAGUAUUGACGAUGAGGGUCACUUGCCAGCGGCGCCUGGAAUCAUUCCAUUACCGGCGAUUUUCUCCAAACCUCAGGCUUCAGCUCCAGGGCAGACGGAUACGGCUAUUGAUCUCGAUGGAAGUUUUCCAUCCCAAAAACCGAAUGGGAAGACUGGGGGGGGGAGCAUAGCUCGAUACGACCUCACUAGGCCAUGGCCUCUCCGCAUGUACAUCAUUUGCUCAGGCAUGUCAGCGAGGAAACCGACGCUGACAGACAGCGUCUCUGCAUUCAGCUUCCUCGGCAUGCCUUUAGAGUUUCAACGGUCAGCUACAUUGCAUAGGGAUAUCGCCAUGGCACGAUACAUCCAAGACAAUUCUCAGACCGCUGGAAACGACUUCAUCAGCCAAUGUAAGGUCCUUGAAUCCAGACAGCGAUUGGAGGAGGAGGAGGGGUCACUCAAAAUGGUCGAAGGCGUCUGGGUGCCCAAUAGAAGAACAACCUACGAACAGAACACCACCAUGAAAUCGAAGACAUCUUACCUGCAGCCACCGCCUCAAUCGUCGCUCAAUUACCUUAUAUCAACGAAGCAACAUGUGAAUCUUCAGCAGCAGCAGCAGCAGCAGCAGCCGUACUAUAAUAAAACUCACCUACGCACACCCACAUUGCGCUUCCGCAUCCGCAUCCGCCCAAGCCAACAGACAGCAACGCCCACUUCCCGAGCAAUGGCAGACCAAAAAAAAAAAAGACACAUUGAGACCCCCCCGGAAGCCGAAAUCGGGGGUGAAAUCGGGAUCUGA